UAAUGUCACUGCUCAUGCGUAUACGUUUUAUUUACUGACUACUGUAACCACGACAAUAUUACCUAGAAUAUGGCGCGAGUUGUGAGUCAUGCGGACCGUUCAAUCUUUUACGCACUUUCUCUAUGAUCUACAUGUGCGAUCUGUCAAAGCGUCUUAGUCAAAAUAUUGUUUUAGGUUAGAAUCAGUUUUACUAGGGCCCCAAAAAUAUAAAAAUACAUAAUGUCUCGGCCAGAACACCUUGCUCCCCCAGAAAUCUAUUACAAUGAGGAGGAAGCCAAAAAAUACUCUCAAAACUCAAGAAUUAUCGAUAUUCAGUUUCAAAUGAGUGAGAGAGCUGUAGAACUGCUAGUGUUGCCGGAAGACACACCUUGCUAUAUACUGGAUAUAGGCUGUGGUUCAGGCCUCAGUGGGAGCACACUAGAUGAUCAAGGACAUUUUUGGGUUGGAAUGGAUAUAUCCAAAGCUAUGCUAGAUAUUGCAUUAGAAAGAGAAAUUGAAGGAGACCUAAUUCUAUCAGAUAUGGGACAAGGUUGUCCAUUUAAAGCAGGUGCCUUUGAUGGUGCAAUAAGUAUAUCUGCAUUACAGUGGUUGUGUAAUGCUGACAAAAAGCACCAUAACCCUGUCCAGAGGCUGUAUAAAUUUUUUAGUACUUUAUAUGCCUGCCUAAGUCGGUCGGGCAGGGCAGUACUACAGUUCUAUCCAGAAAACAGUGACCAAAUGGAAUUGAUAACAGCUCAAGCCAUGAAGGCGGGAUUUUACGGUGGUGUUGUGGUCGAUUAUCCCAAUAGUACAAAGGCCAAAAAGUUUUUCUUAGUAUUAAUGACAGGGGGUAAUAUGCCAUUACCUAAAGCCUUAGGUACAGAUGAAGAUUCACAAGGUGUGACAUACACAGCCAAAAGGGAACGUUUGAAACAACAAAGAGGAAAAUCGUUGAAAAAAGGCAGAAACUGGAUUUUGGAAAAGAAAGAAAGGCGUAGGAAACAAGGCAAAGAUGUCAGGCCAGAUUCUAAAUAUACUGGCAGAAAAAGAAGUGGUAGAUUGUAGUAUUCAAUAUUUUUGUUAAUAAAAAAUGUUUAAAAUGA